UUCCCAAAUGAUCCAACGUUUUCACGCACGUGCUCUGCAUGGCGUGUGUUGUGUUUUAAAACCUAUCACCGGAAGGACCGAGCGAUCCCAUGUGGAAUGGUGAAAUGCAGUUUGCGACACCGCAAAAUGUGCGGUCGCAUUGUGUAUAUGCCUUCGUGUAGCUACGCUGUAGCCUGUCACACAGCAUCAAACGUUAUCGUGAGUGAUUUUGUGUUUCCUUUACAAGACUCUGUCCGUUGAAUACCUCCAGCAAUAAGCAACCGAAGACCAGAGGGACACGGAUCUUCAAAAAGCACGAAAGAAGUGCUUGGAACGUCUCGAAUAUGCCAUGGAAGUACCAUCAGAUGUAGAGCACAACUUCACCGAAUUCGACGGAGCGUAUUUUCAGACAUUCAACCUAUUUAAACCCAGAUUGAAAAAGCGUGAAAAAGAGAACCACAGAGCACGGAACUGUGGUGACGCUGAGCGCCCAGCAAAAAAGGGUACAAAGCACAAGAAACAACACCCAGGGACUCAAGGUGACAUCGGCGUAGAAUAUUCGAAAAGAAAGAACCCCAAAGAAUACCACGAAGCACAAGACGAUGAAAACGUCUCAGAAACAGAGAUCUCUGGGAAGAAGAAAAAAGGCCAGAAGAAAGAUUACACAGGUACCCCUGUAUUGGGGGAGCAAGAAGCCAGCGUGGAGCACCCCAAAGAAGCGACAGAUAAGUUUAAAAGUUCCGAAGGGAACAUUCACACACCAGUGCUCGAACACGAAGCAUGUCAGGCCGAACAUUCUAAGCCUCAUAAGAGAAAGAAGCAUGACGUAAACAGUGUGAAUGAACCGUCUGUGUGUGAACGUCUGGAAAGUGCACCGUGCUCGCAAGACGAUAUCGCAUUUCUUUUUUCUAGAGAAGGGACACAGCAUUCCGAGUCGCUUUUAAUGCCGAAGCACAGGAAGAAGAAAAAGCACUGUCACAGUGAAAAGGGUGACGUGCAGCAAAUCUCCCCCUUUGCUUUGGAAGAUGAGGCUUCCGAGGCGAAAAUCGGGAACGAUACUUGUGUCCCUGAAAGCACGCUGGGCUUCUCCGUCCCAAAUAUCCCCGACGAUGUCGAGGUUUCUUCGAGCCACGAAUGCAGUGCAAUCGGGCUGCGAAACGAACCACUGCAAAUAAAUUUUGAAAGCAUGCCAACGCCAAGUCCGGUACAAGAGGGCGCAUCCACAUCGGAAUCUACGCUUUACCAUCGUAGCAGCGAAAAGCUAGAAAGCAUUCUUGGUGACCGAAGCAUGUCACAGUUACAUUCCAGUUGUAGCCAUGCUUCUGGCAGUGAAAAAAGUGACGCGUCUGUCAUCCACGGAACCAAGCAUAAAAGGAAGAGGCGCGGACGUGGCGAGACAUUCGACGGUGGUUCUGCAGAUUUAGAAGACGUUCUUUCCUUCCGAGGCUGUACAUACGAGACAGAACAAAACGACAGCAGUAUUAGCGUCAGUGGAAAUAAUGCGGUUUACGGUUCAUCGCAGGGUUUUAUCGUGUCUUCUGGGGGCUUCGAUGUGGAUGUAUCGCCUUUUAAGCACCCGGACGAUCUUAAGCCAGGAGAGGUGAUAUUGCGCACCCAUAACAAGCUGCAGCAUCUCGAUUUGUCCUGCAAGGAAGUUUCUGUCGGGACGUUUUCGUCGGAACAUUCCUCGCCUUCGUCCGGUUGGAGUAGACACGUCGGCGGAAAAACGUGCGCUCGCAGAGACAAUUCGCUAAGCCUGGAUUUGAGUGAAAAGUUUGACGUUACCAGCAAACAAAGUAGCGUAGCUGCGUACCCGCGAGAACCUUCUGGCGCAGCGGAAUGUGUCGGGGAACAGCAAAGAGAGGAAAAGGAACCCGGAAAGGUGCCGCUCGGCUAUCGGAGUCCCUCAAUCCAAGGCACACGUUCGGGCGAAUCAGAGGACGUCGACUUGUUUGCAGAUAUUUUGUCACCGCCAAUUCUUUCUCCUCGUAAGCCAAAGAAAAAGAAGUACAGAGUGUGUGAUGGCGUUGGGCCUGCAGUAGAGCUUAACCCACACGAAGAUGGUUUGGCUGGGAAGCAAUGUUCAUAUGCAGAGGACAAUGAAGGAGAUCUUGACGCAGAAAAGCGGGAUGGCAACUGGCCCACGACUGAGUUUAGCCUGCAAAAAGAUUCCUUGACUCGUCGUCGUCCCAAGAAGAAAAGUAAAAAGCACAAAAAACGGUCGAGCUUGAACGAGGAAUGUCCUAUCUUACAAGAGGAUAAAGGAGAACAAUGUUUGUAUGCUGAGGACAACGAAGGAGGUCUUGAGGCAGAGAAGUGUGAUGGCAACUGGCCCACAGCUGAGUUUAGCCUGCAAAAAGAUCCCUUGACUCGUCAUCAUCCCAAGAAGAAAAGUAAAAAGCACAAAAAACGGUUGAGCUUGGACAAAGAAUGUCCUAUCUUACAAGAGGAUAAAGGAGAACGAUGUUUGCAUGCUGAGGACAACGAUGGAGGUCUUGAGGCAGAAAAGUGUGAUGGCAGCUGGCCCACGAUUGAGUUUAGCCUACAAAAAGACCCCUUGACUCAUCAGUGUCCAAAGAAAAAAAGGAAAAAGCACAAAAAACGGACUAGCUCUAACGAGGAAUAUCCUAUUUUACAAGAGGAUAAAGGAGAACAAUGUUUGUAUGCUGAGGACAACCAAGGAGGUCUUGAGACAGAAAAGUGUGACGGCAACUGGCCCACAGCUGAGUUUAGCCUGCAAAAAGAUUCCUUGACUCGUCAGCGACCCAAGAAGAAAAGUAAAAAGCACAAAAAACAGUCUAGCUUGAAUGAGAAAUGCCCUAUUUUACAAGAAGAUAAAGGAAAACAAUGUUCUUAUUCAGAGGACAACAAAGGAGGUCUUGAGACAGAAAAGUGUGAUGGCGACUGGCCCACAAUUGAGUUUAGCUCGCAAAAACAUUCCUUGACUCAUCAGCGUCCCAAGAAGAAAAGUAAAAAGCACAAAAAGAAGUCUAGCUUUAAUGAGGAAUGUCCUGUUUUACAAGAGGAUAAAGAAAAGCAAUGUUCGUAUGCAGAGGUCAACGAAAGAGGUCGUGAUGCAGAAAAGUGUGAUGGCAACUUGCCCACGACUGAGUUUAGCCUCCAGAAAGAUUCCUUGGCUCGUCAGCAUCCCAAGAAAAAAAGCAAGAAGCACAAAAAACAGUCUAGCAUGAAUAAGGAAUGUUCUAUUCUACAAGAGGAUAAAGGAAAACAAGGUUCAUAUGCAGAGCAAAAUAAAGGAGGUCUUGACACAGAAAAGCAUUAUGGUAACUUGCCCACAGUUGAGUUUAUUCUGCAAAAGGAUUCCUUGACUCCUCAGCAUUUCAAGAAAAAAAGUAAAAAGCACAAAAAACGGUCUACCUUGAACACGGAACAUUCUGUUUUACAAGAGGAAAACGGAAAACAAUGUUCAUAUGCAGGAGACAACGAAGGAGGUCUUGACGCAGAAAAGUGUGAUGGCAACCAGCCAACAAUUGAGUUUAGCCUGCUAAAGGAUUCUUCAAUUCAUCAACAUCCUAAGAAAAAAAGUAAAAAGCACAAAAAGCAGUCUAGCUUUACCGAGGGAAGCCCUAUAGUACAAGAGGAUAAACAAGAAGAUUGCUCAUAUGCAGAGGAAAAUGAAGGAGGUCUUGACGCAGAAGCACACUCGGGGAUUCACGAAGAUAGCGUCCAAGACCCAGAACUGGUCAUGCAGGUACUGUCUCAGUACUUUGGCAAAAAUUUGGACGGUAGCGAUGUUCCAAAUGAAUGUCCCAAGGAACAUAAAAGGAAGUCACAAAAGAAGCACCGUAAAGACUCCGCGAGGAAUAAAACACCCACUCUGCAGCCCCCACUGCAACCCCAGAGCCAGCAACGCACCAUUGCCAAGAGCGACAACGGCACAGUCUCUAGUCAGCGUCGCAAGAAAAGCCAAGAAAAGCCUCUCGGAAGUCACCAGAAGGACGAUAGAGGGGAGAAGUUGUCUGCCGACCAUACAGCACAAAAUGCGUUGUGUUCCGACUUGUCGACUCAUGACAGCAGUGCUCCGAGUCCCUGUCAGGCGCAAAGCCCGAAAAACUCUGCGGAACCCCACCAAGCUGCCAGUAGAAAGACGGCGCUGCCGACUGAACGUUCAGCACAAGCUGCAGAGCUCUUGAUGAAUGAUUCCGAUGCAGCGCUCUUUUCUGAGGAUGACAGUUCGAAGGAAGAAGUAUCUUGGCCGUUGCUCAACUCAGAGAAAGGUUCACUCAAAGAUAGCAGCAGCCAUGAUGCUGACCUGUCGCAUGUCCACGAUGAGCGACCAGGAUCCCCUGUGGACCACAGUUUUAUGGAGUAUGCAGUGCGUGGUGAAUUUCCGGAAAUCCAUAAGUCCUCCGUGGAACCUGCACCUGCCACAAUUGAGGCAUAUGAGGAACAGACAGGGAUGACCCUGAGGAAGCACCAUUUCUCUGCAGAGGAGGAUGCGAUCCUUAAAAGAAAUUUCAAGAACCUCGCCAAGUUCUUCAACCUUCAACAUCCACAUCUCAUCUUGGGUCAUAGAGGGUCCCAGAGCUCUACAGAAGCACAGAACGCAAAGAAAUUUGCACAGCAGCAAAAGGUUCUACAACUUCUAGGAAAGGACCUGCCACGACGUUCCCUGCGGAUGAUAUACAGACGUGCGAGAGCUCUGUUUCACCCGCUGAGGAUGGACACACGUAUAACUUUCAACAAGGAAGAAUCUGACCAAGUGAUGGCACUGUACGCGCGACUAGGGCCUAAGUGGCACGAAAUCGAGAAGGUGAUGGAGAAGCCGGCAGACUCCAUCCGUGUACACUUCCUUCAGCUCGAGGAAAAGAAAUAUGAUGUAGAGAAAGGACGAUGGGAAAUUGAAGAAGAAAUACGUCUGCAGAAAGCGAUGCGGAAGUUCGGCCACACUGAGCACAAUGGCCGUCUGCCCAGUGGCGUCACCUGGGAAAAAAUCGCCAAGGAAGUUGGAACACGAGGGCCGAUACAGUGCUAUAAGCGUUGGGUAUAUGCCUUCCGCCGUACAGAGAGAACUAAAGGACAUAUCAAACUCUGGAACAUAUAUGACACCAUGCAUCUCAUAAAUGAAAUGUACCACAUAGAAAAUAUGCCAUGCAACGACUACGACUGGAAACUGAUUAAUCGGCGUUUUCCUGCUGCGAAGAAGGCUACCACCCUGUGCGACAGGUGGAAGAGGCUCAUCAGCACUAAAGUUCCAAAUUCCAAGAAGAUGAGCAUGAAAGAGGGUGCAGCUUACCUGUACAGGUAUUACCUGCCAGCACUGCUGUCUAGACGCAACAUAUCAAUAGAACGUGCUGUCGAGCUGUCCAUGUGUCCUCGGCUCAAGGGAUGAUAUCGGGCUUGCUGGGCAUGCCCUACGGAUGGACAUCCCUCACCGCAUUGCCAGAAUGAAGAUCGUCCAAUGGCAACACGGCUCUGCAACCCCGAGCAGCUUCAGAGAGGCUUGCCGAAAGUCACCACGGGAAGCAACUUUGCAUGUUGCCAAUCUUCCUGUGUUCCAGAGCUCAGACCGUCACUUCCGAUCUGAGUGAGGCUGCAGGAAUGCAGUGCAAGUGUUGUUCAUAUGGUUUUCUAAUAGCUGUCAAGAGCAAAUUGAUUGCAGCCGAAUGAGAGUGUUCGUGUAAGUAAUUCAAGAGCUCACACCGCGCGACAGCUGGCAUUUUCGCAGUUUAUUUGCUCGGUCUGUUGCCAUACACUGAGCACCACAUGGACUUUUCUCUGUCUUCAAGACAGUCUGAUUGCAUGCAAGCACGACCUCACUUAAAAUCACAGUAAUUAAUUUGCAUUUGCACUCAUGUUCAGUUUAUGUCACUCUGUACAGUAAAUCAUAUUUUGUGGACUGUGAUUCACUAGCAUGCAUCUAUCUCACUUGUGAGAUGCUUGUAAUUUGUAUAUAUAAAUGCAUGAACGGA